AACUGGCAACUAUAAUUGUUUGAGGGAUAGAAGCCUUUUGUCAAUUGUGUGAAUUUGCUUAAGCCAAGGAUAUUUGUAUUUUAAUAUUAUUUCGAUGAAAACUUCUUACCAGCCAAAGUGUUCCUUUCUUUCAAAUCAUAUGUUCCUAAUUAUACAUACCUCUAUAUUUACUAGUUCAACGGCGUAAAACUGGACAGGGUCUAUCUUUUCACUAUGUGGAACUUAUGACUAACCCAAGAAAUCGUCGUGUAUGCCGCACCGAUAGCGGUUUUACACCUAACUAGGCAGCCUAGUUAGGAUACAGCUCAUAAAUCCACUUGUAUAGACACAUAAAAAUGCAGAAAUUAGAAAAUCGAGAAGACCAAAUAAAUAAGAAGGUUAAAAAGGUGGAUCCAUUUUACGAAGCUAAAAGAUGGACACCACAAAGUUCUGAGCGAAGCACCCAAAGCUCAGGAAUGUUGAUGGUUGGACCAAAUUUUAAAGUUGGAAAGAAAAUUGGGUGCGGGAAUUUUGGAGAACUAAGACUUGGUAAGAAUCUGUAUAACAAUGAACAUGUUGCUAUCAAAUUGGAAUCUAUGAAGUCAAAAGCACCCCAGCUACAUUUAGAAUAUAGGUUUUAUAAAUUACUUGGUAACCAAGAAGGCAUACCAAAAGUCUUUUACUUUGGACCAUGUGGGAAAUACAAUGCACUUGUAAUGGAGCUGUUGGGCCCUAGCUUGGAGGACUUAUUUGACUUAUGUGAUCGAAAAUUUAGUCUGAAAACAGUUCUUAUGAUAGCUAUACAAUUGCUUCAUCGCAUUGAAUAUGUUCAUUCCAAACAUUUGAUUUAUAGAGAUGUAAAACCAGAAAAUUUCUUGAUUGGAAGACAGUCAACUAAAAAACAUAAUAUAAUUCAUAUCAUAGACUUUGGUUUAGCAAAAGAAUACAUAGAUCCUGAAACAAAUAAGCAUAUACCAUACAGAGAGCAUAAAAGCCUUACUGGCACUGCUAGGUAUAUGAGCAUCAACACACAUUUAGGAAAAGAGCAAAGCCGUAGAGAUGAUUUAGAAGCUUUAGGGCACAUGUUUAUGUACUUCCUUAGAGGCAGUUUACCUUGGCAAGGUCUUAAAGCAGAUACUUUAAAAGAAAGGUACCAAAAAAUUGGAGAUACCAAAAGAGCAACUCCUAUUGAAAGUCUGUGUGAUGGAUACCCAGAUGAAAUGUCUACUUACUUGCACUACGUAAGGAGACUUGACUUCUUUGAAACUCCUGAUUAUGAUUAUUUAAGGAAGUUAUUCCAAGAUCUCUUUGACAAGAAGAAAUAUGUGGAUGAUUCUGAAUUCGAUUGGACAGGAAAGCAACUGUCCACCCCUGUAGGUUCAAUGCAGACUGCCCAAGAAGUCUUAGUGUCACCUAACAGGGAGAGGCAUGUAGCUUCUGAUUCUAGGAACAAAAGGCCCCGCCAGUUUGGUUCAGUGAUUAUAGUCGAUCAUUCAAAGCCUCCAGAGAUGAAUGUAUUGAGCAGCAAUUUGGCUCCGAAUGAUCGCCAUGAUUCCGUCCAAGUCGUUAGCUCCACUUACAGCGAAUUAGCUCCAGACAACCCUACCACAGGUCACUCAAACACACCCAUUGCAAUACCAGCAGAGGUCGAGGUUGUAUCCGAGACAAAGUGCUGUUGCUUUUUCAAACGUAAAAAAAAGAAGCCAAGCCGUCAGAAAUGACUCGCAGUCACUUGUAGUCCUGAGCAAGAAGUUGUGUUGUUGCACACUUCACCAUCAGAUUCCAAGGGGAGUCUGAGUGUACAAACUGCUGCAGUGUGAGCCCUCCCCCCUCUUCAUCCAUCACAAGGUCUCAGUGCAUCGUCCUGUAUUUCGGCUCACCCAAUCUGUGAUUAACUCUUUCCCCAUGGGAGAAAACGAUUCUGGAAGUUAUGUCACCUUCAAUGCGCAGUACUUGUGUUUAGAUUUGAUACUAACAGAAAAUUACCAAAGUAUAUAGCCUGCUGUAGAAAAGCUUUUCUGUUUCCUUCUGUUUUUUGACUUAAGAAGCAGUAGCCAUUUUUGCCUAAUGUUCGAAUUUACUAGUUUUUUUAUUUUCCUCUCUUUCGGGUUGUACAAAAAUGUUUUUUUUUUUUUUUUAAUGUAUGUGAAACCUGAUACUUUUAUCUUUAGGCUGCUAUAGUCAGUUUUGUAAUUAUGUAAUCAUUGACUUGGCUUAAACAUUGCAUUAAAAUAAGUCUUCUUUAAAAAAAAAAGCUUAAUAAUUUUGUCCUUUUUCAAAUUCAUGAUGUAACUUUUCAAAUUUUGGGUUCUUGUUUCCAUCAUUCUUUGCCAAAGUUCAGAAACACGUGAAGUAGAAGAAUAAAUAGCUUAGACAAUUCAGUGAAACAAGAACUGGAUCUACCAUAACUCUCUGUAUGGAAGAAAUAUAUUUUAAUUUUAACUUUUCAUUGCUCUAAAGUUGAAUCAUACAUUUUACUUCAAAAGGGCUAUCCACAAGCAGGACUUAUAAACCAGUUGCUUGUCUUUAUCAGUAGCCAUAUCUUUAUAUGCUAUCUUUUAACCUUGGUGCACACAAGCCUGAGCUGUAUUUCCUUUGUUGCAGUGUUUUGGAAUCUUUGGGACAGUUUGAAUGAAACCACUUGAAUGUUAUUCGGGAUAUUGUUAUAUACAGUAAAUAAAUAUAUAUCUAUAUAUAUAAUGAAAUUCUUCAACCAGUGCUAAGUGCUCCAACUGGUGUAAUUUUGCUCUUUGUACAUAGUAUGUUACUAUUGUCUCCAUUUAUCAGUACUUUACAGGUAGGCAUAAUGGGGCUACUUUCGAUUUACGAAUAAAGAUUAUUCUUUCAGGAUACACAGCUAGGUAAUUUGCUAUUGUUGCAUUAGGCAAUGUUACAAACUUGGAAUAGUGGAUGCUGCACUUUUUUCCUUGCUUUUUUUUAUGAUUUAUUGUUUCUUAAAUGUGACUCUUGUAUGUAAUUGAUCAAUUAAUAUAUUGUUAAAUUUAUUAUAUACUUUUUUUUUAAAGAAUUUCUUACACCAAACAAAAGUAAUACUCAAGUGUUUGUGUUUAUUCUCCUUCCCUCUUCUUAUUUAUAUACAUCCUGCAUGUGUUGAAUAUAUGUCAUUGUGGUUUUUAAAUUUUGACUCGUGUGAUAUUCGAAAGGAAAAUAAAUACAAUCUAUUUUCAAUCCUCACAAUCAAAGUUUGCAUUUUUAAAUAAUUCAUUUUGUGUAUCAUUUUGAACCUUAGUUUUUAAAAAUGAUCCAUUUUACAUUUUAUGGUUGCUUUUUCUUUUUCCUCUCUUUCCAAAGUUAAUGUGUAAGUUUUUAUGUGAUCAGUGAAGGUUGAUUAAAAGGUGUAGUUGCAUAGGUAAGUUGCCAAGUUGUAAACUGACAAAUCAAUCCGAUACAAGAUAGGUUGUAUUAAACAUCUAAUGACUGCAGUAAUUAGCUUUUCAUUCAUGGGCUUCGUAACAUGGUCAAGAUUUUAUAAUUAAAAAGGGAAAAAAAAAGAAAAAUUGACAAGGCUGUAGUGAGAAUGUGGCAAAAAUAGUUUUAUUCUUCGGAAGCGUUUAUCUUCCCCCCUUUUUUUAUAUUAUUAAUCACUAAUUUUAAUUUAUUCUGAAAGUUCUCACAUGCCAAAAUGUUUUGUUUUUUUUAAUUCUGCCAAGUGAUCACAUAUUUGGGUUUGUGAGGUUGAUAGUCAUUUAGUUUGUGGUGUGUUCCUGUAUCUUAUGUAUAAAUGAAAAAUUAAGCUCUUCUUACUUGAAAAAAACAAACAAACAAAUUCAUGUUCUAAAUUGGCUGCUCGUGUCCUCCGACUUGUCAUGUUCUUUGAGGGACGCAGGGGAUAGUUGUUGAAUUUCCAGCACAAAAUGCCUGAGUCUUAUUUUUAAAUUUGUCUGAAUUUAAAGAAUGUUUCCUAAGUGGAUUUUCCCCUCCUUAUUUGUAGUUAUUUGUACAAUCAAUAAAAUUUUUGAAUUAUUUGUACUAUGUAUAGAUGGAAUAAAGAAUGCUGUCUGAAUCA